AACACGCACACUCCGCUCUCCUCUGCUUUCCCUCUCACCAAAGCUCUCAACUUUUCUUGGUUUUCUAGUAUAUUUUUAAUUAUUUUCCGUUGUAUUAUUUUACAUAUCUUGAAAAUUAUAAAGGUGGAAAAGUUUUUGUGAGGAUCUGAGACGAGUCUUUAUCUCAUGGAGGAUCGUAAGGAGAAAAAUGCACCAUGGUUAUCAGUGCCACAAUUCGGGGACUGGGAUCAGAAGGGGCAAGUGCCAGACUAUUCUCUUGAUUUCUCAAAAAUAAGGGAAGUGAGGAAGCAAAACAAGAGAGAUGUUUCGAGAGCCAGUCUUGGAAAUGAAGAAGAGCUCAUUGCCUCAAACACUGCUAAAGUGGGUGCUGUUCACAAUGAACCCCAUUACCAUCAGACCCCCCACUCUCCAACUAACAGGCUCGACGGAGUAUUUUCAGCUACUUCAACUGUUGUGUGAAGGCCUGAUAAUGUCUGUGCCCGGGGGAUCACCUCUACUGCUGCUCCUAAGCCUUGUUAUGUCUUUCAUUGGUUUGUACUUGAUAAGUAGUAUUCGGUUCUUUUUCUUACCCUCACUUACACGCUUCAUUUGACGAAAUACGACGAUAACGACGAUGCUUAUGAUGUAUUAUCGGAUUCGGUGAUUGGUAUUUAUCUGAUAUUGCUUUGCUCA